UUAUGUGUGCUGCAACCUCUUAAUACGCUCGCACCAGCUGACACAAGACAAACGAGUGUUAAUGAUUAAAAAUGAACCAGUUUAGUGUAUUUUAAUGUAAACUUAACGCUGACUAUUAUUUUUUUCGCUAUUGUUUCCGUUAUUUGGUGGAAAACCUGUAGGGAAUAUCCGGGAUGCAAAACCAAAACUCGGAACACAAAGAAACUGGAGUGUUGACUGUCUCCUACGUUUUUCCAAAUGGAGACAAAUACGAUGGCGAGUGCUGUAAAACCUCAGAAGGCGUUGUGAUGAGAAGUGGUAUUGGCAAGCACACAGCAGCAAAUGGAGUGAUUUAUACAGGACAGUGGAAAGAUGAUGAGAUGAAUGGCAAGGGGAAGCUGGAGCAUCCCUCAGGAGCUUUUUGUGAAGGGGAAUUUAAAAACAACAUGUUCCACGGAAGAGGAACUUACACUUUCCAGAAUGGAACAAAAUACACAGGGACCUUUGAUGAGAAUAAGUUAGAAGGUGAAGGACAGUUUACAGAUUCUCGAGGACUUGUGUGGAUGGGAAACUUCCAUUACAAAGCAGCCCCUGGCUUGAAGCUGAAACUGGAUACACUUUCUUAAUACAUUCUGAAGAAGUGAUGCUGUAUAUUGUGUAAUUGUACAUUAACACUGUAACUUAGAAAUCUGUGAAAACUAACCAAGUGGAGUCAGUUGUUUUAGCUUAUUAUGAGCUAAAUAUUUAUGUGACUUUAUGAAUUUGAUCAUAAAACAAUACAUUGUUUCA